CACACUUGUCUUCCGAGCUGUCUUUCCCUGCCUCAGACUCGCCGUCGACGCUGCGUAUGCGUCGCAGCCUCCAAGGCCCUCGCUGAGAAAAAUCGCUCUCUCGAAGUAAGAGACCCCACGCCGACCUCGCAGGCUCGGCACGGCACCGGAGCACGCUGCCUACCGCGCAACCUUUGUGGUAAUGUGCCGCCCCGUCUUUGCCUAACUCAUAUGUCAGCCGAAACCGUGGCGGAAGGCGCAGACAAGAUGGUACCCAGUAUGGAAGCUCAAGCCACAAGCGGGCACUGUGGGCCCCUUCCGCCGCUCGUGGUGGUGAUCGGCGCCGGGAGCAGCGGACUGCCCACCAUCAAGUCGUGCCUCGAGGAAGGCCUCCGCGUCGUGUGCCUAGAGCGCACGGGCGCCGUGGGCGGCCUGUGGCGAUACACCGAGGAGCCCGUGGAAGGGUGCGGCAGCGUGGCGCGCAACACGAUGCUCAACAGCUCCAAGGAGUUCUCGGCCUACAGCGACUUCCCGCCACACGCCGACAGCUCGAAUUUCAUGCACCACUCCGGCAUGCUGGAAUACCUCACGCGAUACAGCAAGCACUUCGACCUGAACUCGCACAUCCGUUUCAACCACGUGGUGGAGUCUGUGCGGAGAGCGUCGGCGGAUGGAGUCGACAAGAGUGAUGGCGUUGGUGAUAGCAGAGAGCGUCGCUGGACCGUGUGCGGCCGGAACACGACCACGGGGCAGGACUUCACGCUCUAUGCGGACGCCGUGGUCGUGUGCAGCGGCCACCACGCGGUGCCCAAGUGGCCCGAUCUUCCGGGCCUCCGAGACACGUUCCGCGGCCGCGUCGUGCACGCUCACGAAUACCGGAAGGCGUCCACGUUCGAGGACCGCCGCGUCCUGGUGGUGGGCAUGGGAAACUCUGGCGGAGACAUCGCCGUCGAGUUGAGCUACGUCUGCCCGCAGGUGUACAUGAGCACGCGCCGGGGGACUUGGGUGGCUCCUCGUUUGGCGCCCGGCGGCCUUCCCAUGGACGUGACCAUGUGCACCAGGGCUCUGAACACUGCUCGCUCGCUGCUGCCGUUCGACCUCGGGGCUCGAUCCUUCGAGCGGGUCCUCAAUGGCCACUUCGACCACAAGAUGUACGGCCUGAAGCCUGCGCACCGCGCCGUGAAUCAGCAGCUAUUCGUCAACGACGUCCUGCCUUCCCGCAUACUAAACGGAACGGUGCAGAUUCGAGGUAACGUGGCUCGGCUGGGCCCGGAUUACGCCGAGUUCUCCGACGGCUCGCGCGCGGUCAUCGACGACGUCAUCGUAGCGACGGGGUACUCCAAGCACUACCCGUUCCUGCCACCCGAGGUAGCUCCCUACGUGCGCGAGGAGCGCGUCGAGCUCUACAAGUUCAUCUUCCCCGUGGGGGAACCGAGUGUCGCCUUCGUGGGCCUGGUGGACCCCAUCGGUGGGUUCUGGCCCAUUGCCGAGAUGCAAGCACGCUAUGUGGCCCGCGUGCUGGCCGGAAAACUACCGCUACCUGACACCGAGAGACAGAGGAAAGAGGCGGCACGCAGGGCGUCCGCUUUAGCCAUCAACAGCGCACGCUACGCCGUGGAGGUUCACUGGAUCGCGUACAUGGAUGAACUGGCAAGUCUGCUCGGAGUGAAGCCCAACCUGCGCCGUUUGGCGAUCACAGACCCGGUGCUGUUCCGGCGGUGUGUGUUCGGGCCCUGCCUGCCUUACCAGUUCCGCCUCGAGGGACCCAACUCGUGGGAAGUGGCGGGAGGCGCAGACAAGGUGACACCCAGCAUGGAAGCUCAAGCCACAAGCGGGCACUGUGGGCCCCUUCCGCCACUCGUGGUGGUGAUCGGCGCCGGGAGCAGCGGGCUGCCCACCGUCAAAUCGUGCCUCGAGGAAGGCCUCCGCGUUGUGUGCCUAGAGCGCACGGGCGCCGUGGGCGGCCUGUGGCGAUACACCGAGGAGCCCGUGGAAGGGUGCGGCAGCGUGGCGCGCAACACGAUGCUCAACAGCUCCAAGGAGUUCUCGGCCUACAGCGACUUCCCGCCGCACGCCGACAGCCCGAAUUUCAUGCACCACUCCGGCAUGCUGGAAUACCUCACGCGAUACAGCAAGCACUUCGACCUGAACUCGCACAUCCGUUUCAACCACGUGGUGGAGUCUGUGCAUAGAGCGUCGGCGGAUGGAGUCGACAAGAGUGAUGGCGUUGGUGAUAGCAGAGAGCGUCGCUGGACCGUGUGCGGCCGGAACACGACCACGGGGCAGGACUUCACGCUCUAUGCGGACGCCGUGGUCGUGUGCAGCGGCCACCACGCGGUGCCCAAGUGGCCCGAUCUUCCAGGCCUCCGAGACACGUUCCGCGGCCGCGUCGUGCACGCGCACGAAUACCGGAAGGCGUCCAUGUUCGAGGACCGCCGCGUCCUGGUGGUGGGCAUGGGAAACUCUGGCGGGGACAUCGCCGUCGAGUUAAGCUACGUCUGCCCGCAGGUGUACAUGAGCACGCGCCGGGGCACUUGGGUGGCCCCUCGUUUAGCGCCCGGCGGCCUUCCCAUGGACGUGACCAUGUGCACCAGGGCUCUGAACACUGCUCGCUCGCUGCUGCCGUUCGACCUCGGGGCUCGAUCCUUCGAGCGGGUCCUCAAUGGCCACUUAGACCACAAGAUGUACGGCCUGAAGCCGGCCCACCACGCCAUCAAUCAGCAGCCCUUCGUCAACGACGUCCUCCCUUCCCGGAUACUCAGCGGAACGGUGCAGAUUCGAGGUAACGUGACUCGGCUGGGCCCGGAUUACGCCGAGUUCUCCGACGGCUCGCGCGCGGUCAUCGACGACGUCAUCGUAGCGACGGGGUACUCCAAGCACUACCCGUUCCUGCCACCCGAGGUAGCCCCCUACGUGCGCGAGGAGCGCGUCGAGCUCUACAAGUUCAUCUUCCCCGUGGGGGAACCGAGCGUUGCGUUCGUGGGUCUGGUGGAGCCCAUCGGUGGGUUCUGGCCCAUUGCCGAGAUGCAAGCUCGCUAUGUGGCCCGCGUGCUGGCCGGCAAGCUACCACUGCCUGACGCCGAGAGACAGAGGAAAGAGGCGGCAUGCAGGGCGUCCGCUUUAGAAAUCGACAGCGCACGCUACGCCGCGCAGGUUCACUGGAUCGCGUACAUGGAUGAACUGGCAAGUCUGCUCGGAGUGAAGCCCAACCUGAGCCGUUUGGCGAUCACAGACCCACUGCUGUUCCGGCGGUGUGUGUUCGGGCCCUGCCUGCCUUACCAGUUCCGCCUCGAGGGGCCCAACUCGUGGGAAGGUGCUCGCGAGGCCAUUCUCGAUUUUCCUAAUCGUGUUGCCUCCGUUCUUACUCCCCUCACGGCGCCAGAGGACACGCGCCUGCGCAGAGCUGCCACUGGAGCCAUCGAGGUUGUGGCCACCUGCACCGUCAUGAUCGCCAUAGCUUAUGUGUUAUCGUUAGCCAUAUGAAAUGAUGUACCAGGACAUAUGUGCCUUCAUUGACUGAUGGAAGAGGAGAGUGAGCUAUGAGUGGAUAUUACCUGGUGUAAAAAUUGGUGACAAUUUCACCGCCAGUGCGGCACCCGAAUGAAUGUGAGAGUUGCUGGUUAACACUAGGGAGCCUUAAAGUUCGACAUUAUGAUUUCGCGCCAUGACUUACAAGGGCUGUCAAAUGCACGGAUGCUGUUUUUCUCAUCCAAUGGUGUUCCUCUACCGUGGUUUUACAGGGUCUCGUGCGGUAUUUGCCACAGUGGGAGUACCAGACCAGUCACACGCAACAGUGCCGUAUCUUUUUGUAUUCAUUUUGUGUCAACGCAAUGCAGCCUUUCGGUUGAAGAAAAUCGAAUGACUGGGGCCUUUCACUUCCAAUGACACAAUAGAAUGUAUCUCGCCACAGAAGUGCAAACUAUACACUGCGGAUCGAUAAGACACAAGGGAGAAUGCAAAAGAUGAGGCAAGGGAAGACGGCCAAGAGAAACGGAUUGGUUCAAGUGGAUUGGGGAUCACCUCUCCAUAGUGCUCACACCACCUCAGCCGAACCACCCAACGUAGUUCCUCCGUAUGUAAGGUUUCUAGUCCCUCAUAAGUAUGAAUCCAAUGAGGCACCUCUUCUUGAAGAAGCAUUGGCAUUCGUGAAUACUAUAUCCGUAAUGUUAGCUUGUGGCGCACAUCCUUUCUCUUCGUGUAAAAAAACCUCGUGCUGAUGUCUUGAUUCCUGGCAUUGUAACGAGUAAUGGUUAACGUCAACGCAUUCACGUCAUGUGGACAGGUUAAGGAACGCAUAACAGUGGCGACUGGCUGGGCUUAUCGGUGCACCAACCAAUGCUGUAUUUGCAGGCCUGAACAAGAAUUGCACUUCCUGCGAAGACACGAGCUAAGUGCGUCGGUGAUGCGGUUGACACAGUAGUCACGGAGACAGACUGCCGAUGAGGUCACGCUUCAGAAGCGCCGGCAUAAGCCAAAACCAUAGCUGAAAAAUCAAAAUAGUGAUUCUUGUCAAUACCUAUACAAAAAUGUCACAGUUUCGCCCUAAGGGCGAAGCAAUGAAUGCGACAGCAACACAGCAAUGUCAUACGAAGUAAGGUGAGCGGCUUUGGUAGCAAUAUGAAUUGUAGUAAACAUGAGCUGAUUAAGUAAGCAGGUGUGCUGCGGCGUAAGUAGACCGACAUGAAGAGAGACUCGAUGACCACGAGAAGGCGCGUGUGAAAUGGUGGUGUUGAUGAGAAGCGCUUCCCGUGGGCAGCGCGU